AUGGUUGACCCUAUUCGAGUUGAUGUUGUCAUUGUUGGGGCUGGCUUCUCCGGUUGCCUCGCGCUCCAUGAGAUGAGGUGUCGCGGUCUGUCUGCACGCAUCAUCGAGGCCAACGACGGCUUUGGUGGGGUUUGGCACUCCAAUCGAUAUCCGGGGGCACGGGUAGACUCCAUCCUGCCAUUUUACCAGCUAACCAAGCCGGAAGUAUAUCGAGGCUUCACCUUCACGGAGAAAUACCCCGACUCGUCAGCCUUGCGUGACUACUUCAGCCACCUCGACGAGACGCUCAAUUUGAGAACGGACACUAUUUUCGGCCACAGAGUGGUCAAGGCUAGCUUCAGCGAUGAAAGAGCGACUUGGAACUUUGAAACGCAUAGAGAAUUGACUGCAACAUCUCGGUUUGCCAUAUUUGCUGGGGGCACGACUCAGAAACCGCACGUCCCGGACCUCCCAGGUCUCGAUACCUUCCAAGGACAGAUCGUCCACCCCGCAAACUGGCCCUCUGACCUUGAACUAGAGGGAAAACGAGUUGGAUUGAUUGGACAAGGCGCCUCAGGUAUUCAAAUACUGGAGCAGCUUGCCAAGGACAAUCACGACAUUACCCUCUUCAUCCGGACCCCUUGCUUGGCCGUCCCGAUGCAACAGAAGACGGAUUCCAUGGAAGAGAGCCAGGAGAAAAAGUCCGGAUAUGACGCAUUAUUUGAAAAGGCCAAAUAUGGACAAGACGCCGGAUAUCCAUACCUCCCGGCAACACGCAUGUUCGAGGACGAGACGCCGGAGCAGCACAAACAAGUCUUCGAAGAGCGCUGGAGUCAUGGCGGCUUGAUGGCGACGAUGGGUUACAACGAUAUUACGACCAAUGCGGAUGCAAACGCCACAAUGUAUCGUUUCUGGAGAGACAAGGCGCGCGCGCGUAUGACGGACCGGGCCAAGAUGGCCAUCGUGGCACCCACGGAGCCGUUCCAGUGGAUCGGCGGGAAGCGGAGCGCGCUGGAGCAGAACUACUUUGAGAUGAUCGACCGACCAAACGUCAAGCUGGUAAAUCUCAAAAAGGCUCCGAUCAGCAGGGUCACGCCGUCAGGGAUCGUUGUGGGUGGCGAGGGGGAGGGUGAUGGCGACGACCUGCACGAACUCGACGUCCUCAUCUUCUCGACGGGCUACGACUCGGUCACGGGUGGCAUGUACGACAUGAACAUCCUCGACAGACACGGACGGUCGCUGCGGGAGAAGUGGAAGGACGGAAUCCAUACCUUUGCUGGCAUGAUGAUCCCGGACAUGCCCAACGCCUUCCUGCUCUACGGCCGGCAGGCGCCGACAGCGCUGGCCAACGGACCAACCUUCAUCGAGCUGCAGGUCGAGUGGAUAGGCAAGGUCCUGGACGGGAUGGAGCGGCGGGGAGAGGAGAUGGUGGAGGCGACGCAAGAGGCGGCAAGGGAAUGGGCGGACAGGACCUUUUCCAUCUGGAAUUCGCUCAGGGUCCGCGAUCAGGACUCGUGGUGGGUUGGAUCGAAUAUACCCGGGAAGCGACGAGAACCGCUCAUCUGGUUCGGCGGGACGAAGCUGUGGUGGGAUCUCUGCAAUGUCGGGUUGGUAGACUGGGAACCUUUUACGUCAAGACUGUGA